AUGAUGGAAAGGUCCUCUAAUCGCAAUUCAAUUAUAAAGAAUGAUGAAAAUACUACAAAAAUUGGUCCCCAAAUACCAUUAGUCAAUUGUAAAAGUAGAACAAUUGAUUCAGGAAGAACAGAUAAUUUUUUAACAAAUCUUGAUCGUGCAAAUUGGUUAUCUUAUUCAACAUUUAGUUGGGUUUUACCAUUUCUUUUUAAAAUUAAAUCAGAAAGAACAGAAAGUGGUGUACCAUUUACUGUUCCAUUAUUUGAUUCAAUUGAUGUUAAUGUACAAAGAUUAGAAAUUUUAUGGAAAAAUGAAUUAAGAAAUAAUGCAAAUAAUCCAUCAUUAUUAAAAUGUGUUAUAACAUUUUUAAAAUCAAGACUUAUUUUAUCAUGUUUUGUUUUUGCUUUUUGUCUUAUAUUUGGUUUUAUUGGUCCUACCUGUUUUGUUAGAUCAAUUAUUCAUUUUGCUGAAGAACCAACAUCAUUACCAGAUGGUAAUAUUAAUUAUCGGGCGGGUUUUAUUUUUGUUGGAUUAUUAUUUGCUGUUGAAGUUGCUAGAGUUAUUUCAUAUGGUGCAACAUGGGCUAUAUCAUAUCGUACUGGUAUACGUGUUCGUGGAGCUGUUCUUGGAUUAUUAUAUAAAACUUUAUUAAAUGUUAGAUCAAUGAAAGGCAAAACAGCAUCAGAAAUUGUUAAUAUUUAUGCUAAUGAUGGUCAAAGAAUAUUUGAUGCUGUUACUUUUGCACCACUUGUUUUAAUUGGUCCUACCGUACUUUUUGGUGGUAUGGCAUAUUUAUGGUAUAAAGUUGGAUGGUUAUCAUUAUUGGGAAUUUUUGUUUUUUUAUUAUGUGAUGCUCUUCAAGCAGUCUUAGGAAUAACAAUGGUUCGUUUUAGAGCAUUAGCUAUAAAAACAACUGAAAAAAGAAUGUCUGUUAUGGGUGAAAUAAUAAGAUGUAUUCGUGUUAUAAAAAUGAAUGCUUGGGAAGAUUUAUUCAUAGAUAAAAUUGAAGCUUUAAGAAAAGAAGAACAAAAAUAUUUAAAAACAGCUGGUUAUGCACAAUCUUUUGCUAUUGCUUUUGGUACUAUUGUUCCUGUACUUGCUAUGAUUGUAACAGUUUUAGCUAUUGUUAUUAAAGGACAAGAUUUUGCUGCAUCUGAUGCAUUUUCAAUGAUUACUGUUUAUUUUGUUAUGCUUUUUGGAAUUCGUAUGAUUCCAUAUGGUGCAAGAUAUUUAUCUGAAUCUGUUGUUGCAAUGAGAAGAAUUCAAGCAAUAUUACAAUUUCCUUCUACCUUUGAAAUAGAAAAUAUGCCUAGAAAUCCAGGUGUUGCUAUUAGUUUAAAUGAUGCUUCAUUUGAAUAUGAUAAAAUUUAUGUUGAACCAUCUACAAGAAAAGAUAAAAAAGGAAAUGAGGAAGUUGAAGAAUUAAAAAGUAAAGAAGAUAAUGAAAAUUGUGGUUUUACUUUAAGUAAACUUAAAUUAACAGUAAAAAAACAAGAAUUAAUUGGAAUAUGUGGUCCAUUAGGUUCUGGUAAAAGUUCUUUAUUAACAGCAUUAAAUGGACAUAUGGAUAAUAUAAGUGGAGAAUAUAGAAUUAAUGGAUCAAUUGCAUUUGUUGGUAAAGAUCCAUGUAUUCAAACAACAACCAUUAGAAAUAAUAUCAUUUUUGGUCAACCAUUUAAUACUUCACUCUAUAAUAAAGUUCUUGAUGUUACAGAACUUUCUGAAGAUAUUGGAAGAUUUCCGGCAAAAGAUUUUACAGAACUUGGUGAACGUGGUACAACUUUAUCAGGUGGUCAGAGGGCACGUAUUGCUUUAGCUCGUGCAUUAUACGCAAAUAAAGAUAUUUAUUUAUUAGAUGAUAUUUUUUCAGCUCUUGAUUGUGUUGUUGCUGAAAAAAUAUUUAAAAAAGCUAUUAUUGGUAUGCUUCAAUAUAAAACAAUUAUUUUAGUUACAUCAAAUCCAGAAUAUCUUGCUAAAUGUGGACGUGUUAUAUAUAUGGAUAGUGGUAAAAUUAUUGAAAAUGGUUCACAUGAAGAUUUAUUAGAAACUUCAGAUUUUUAUAAAAAUUUCUUUUCAUCAUUAAAUAUAAAAAAAGAUUAUGUUGAUGAAGCUUCAAAAGAAAUUAUUCUUGAAAGUGAUGAUUCAAAAUAUGAUAAAUCAUUUUAUACACCAGAAAAAGAUGGAAAAGUUAUUGAUGAGGAGGAAGAUUAUGGUUUACAGGGAAUAAGUUGUAAAAUUUAUCAUGAAUAUAUUAUUGCAGCUGGUGGAUAUAUUAUUUUAACUAUUUUGUUAUUUACAUUUAUUAUAAAUGUUGGUGCUACAAUUUUUUCAACAUUUUGGCUUACAAAAUGGAUGAAAAGUUCUCAUGAAUAUGUAAAUGUUACAUCUAAUGGAACAAUUUUUAAACAACAUUUAUCAUUAGCUGAUAAUGAAUAUACAACAUAUUAUGCCACUAUUUACGCAAUCUCUCUUGUAUUUCUUUUCUUUUCUGCUUUAAUUAAAGCAAUGGUAUUUGUUAAAGUUUCACUUAAAGCAUCAACAAAUCUUCAUAACAAAAUGUUAUAUUCAGUUCUUCAUGCUAUGGUUAGUUUUUAUGAUUCAACACCUGUUGGUAGAAUAUUAAAUAGAUUUUCAAAAGAUGUGGAUGAAGUUGAUGUUAAAUUACCAUUUUCUUCUGAAGCAUUUCUACAAAAUAUGAUUACUUGUAUUGGAUUUAUGGCUGUAAUUGCUUGGGUUUUCCCAUUAUUUAUUUUAUUUUGUAUUCCAAUUAUGAUUCUUUUUGCAAUUUUCUUUAGCUUAUUUCAAUCUGGAAUUAGGUCUCUUAAAAGAACAGAAAAUUUAUCAAGAAGUCCACUUUAUGAUCAUAUUACAGCAUCUAUUGAGGGAUUUUCAACUAUAAGAUGCUAUCGUCAAACAGAAAAUUUUAUCAAAAAAUUUAACCAGAAAUUUGAUGAAAAUUCUGGUGCUGUUUUAAUGUUUCAAUCUGCCACAAGAUGGCAAGCAGUAUGGUUAGAUAUUUUAGUUGUUCUCAUAACAACUUGUGUUGCUGUAUUCAUUAUUUGGUUAACUGGAGUUGUCAAUCCAGCUGAAGCAGGUAUGGCAUUAGCUUUUGCAAUACAAAUGAGUGGUAUUUUCCAAUUUGCUGUUAGAAGUCAAACUGAACUUGAAGCUAAAUUAACUUCUGUUGAAAGAAUAUCUUAUUAUUUUAAUUCAAUAACUCAAGAAACAAGAUCAAAUACAAGAAAUGUUCCACAAAGUUGGCCAACAAAAGGUGAUAUUAUUUUUGAAAAUUUAAGAAUGAGAUAUAGAAUAAAUAUGAAUCUUGCUUUAGAUGAUGUUUCACUUCAUAUUGAACCAAAUGAGAAAAUUGGUAUUGUUGGUAGAACUGGUGCUGGAAAAAGUUCAGUUUGUAAUGCUCUUUUACAAUUAUAUCCACUACAAAAUGGAAGAAUAAUAAUAGAUAGUAUAGAUAUAUCUGAUGUUGACUUGAAACGCUUACGUUCCUCUCUUGCAGUUAUACCACAGGAACCUGUUCUUUUUGCUGAAACUGUACGUUUUAAUCUUGAUCCAAAAGGAAACUAUUCAGAUAAUGAUAUUUGGGAUGCACUUGAAAAAACAAAUAUGAAAACUGUUGUUAGUAAUUUACCACAAGGAUUAGAUUUUAUGAUAGAAGAAAAUGGUUCGAAUUUUUCUAGUGGAGAAAAACAACUUUUAUGUUUAGCAAGAGCAAUUUUAAGAAAAUGUAAAAUUGUUAUUCUUGAUGAACCUACAGCUUGUCUUGAUGAACAAACAGAUUUGGUCGUUCAAGAAUGUGUUAAUUCCAGUUUCCAAAACUGUACAUUAUUAUUAAUUGCACAUAGAUUAGGAAGUGUCUUAAAUAUGGAUAAAAUUUUAUAUAUGGGAGAUGGAAAAAUAAUUGAAUUUAACAAAACCAAAACAUUAAUUAAAGAUAAAAAUUCACAAUUUAGAGCAAUAUUGUCGGGUACAAAUUUAGUUAUUGAUUCAGAAAAUGAUACUUAA